AUGAAAGCAAGUUCACAACGGCGAAAGGAGACCACGGAUGCAACAGGUUCCCAUGACGCGGUCAUAGCUCCAGAACCAUCGCCAGGGAUUAAGGAGAGAAAAUCUCUAAAGAAAAACCUGAAAGAAAUCUAUGAAGAAUUCUGUUCCAACACCUCGAUACAUGGCUUCCAGUAUUUUGGCCAGCAACGUCCUCGCAGUGAAAUCAUAUUUUGGAUUAUCGUCAUUAUUGUUACUCUCUUCUGUUGCAUUUCCAUUAUUGUGAAGGUCUACGUGAAAUGGCAUGAAACUCCAGAGAUUGUAACAUUUUCAGAGCAGUCCACCCCGGUUUGGAAUAUACCCUUUCCUAGGUUGACUAUAUGUCCGGAGACCAAGAGGGCAUUGAAAAAGAAUGAUUCAAGCUAUGUUGAGUUGGUGCAAUCCUUGUAUUCCUACAUAGACGAUGAUAGCUUUCAAUUUUUCCCAAACUUUACUCGUUCGGAACAUGAGAAUACCUUGACUUUGAUGCAUGUUUGUCAGACGGAGGAAUUCGGUACUUUCUUCUCCAAACCAGCAGAUCGGAAUCCCAUUGAUUACUUGAAAAAUCUCAACGAUUUGUUACCGGGCUUUGAGAGAUAUUUUCUCACAUGUCAAUGGUUUGGCCGGAGCAUGUCCUGUGAGAAAUUGCUGACCAAAGUCUAUACAGAUGAGGGUAUCUGCUAUGCUUUUAAUAGUCUGAAAGCCAAUGAUUUGUAUCGUGAUCAAGUUAUGCGUUCUCAGAUGAGAGAAGAAAGUCCGAAUAAAAGUGAGGAUGCGUUGGCAUGGUCACUGGAAAAGGGUUAUGCAGUGGACAGUGAUUUUCAAACCUACCCCAUGAGGGCUUUGAGUUCAGGUUCCAAAGCUGGAUUUCAAAUAUUUCUACAAAGCUUUCCCAAUGAGACGGAUUUUACGUGUACCGGUCCAACACAGGGUUUCAAGAUCAUGCUUAACUCACCCGAUGAUGUACCCUCGGUGGAGAAGCAUUUUGUCUGGGUGCCUAUGGAUAGGGACAUUAUGGUGGCCGUAAAACCCACAAUGAUUACCACCUCAGCGGAUGUGAAAGCCUAUCGGCCAGAGAAAAGACGUUGCUAUUUCCAGCAGGAUCGCCAGCUGAGAUUCUAUAAAAUCUACACCCAGAGGAAUUGUGAAAGGGAGUGUGUAACAAAUUUCACCUAUCACAAAUGUGGCUGUGUAAAGUUUUCCAUGCCACGCACUGCCGAUAUGCCCAUAUGUGGCGAGCAUAAAAUCCUAUGUUAUCAAAAUGCCCGCAAUACAUUACUGUGGCAGCAGUUUAAAGAGGGACUCUCACAUUCGAAACGGGUCAGAGGUUGCAAUUGCAUGCCCGGAUGUACGUCGUUGGAAUAUGAGACGGAAAUCUCCGAAGGCAGUUUUGAUUUGGAAAAUACUCUACGAGCUUACGAUGACUAUGAUAGGUAUUUUGAAUUGUAUCCUGGUGGCAGGAUGUCCUUGGUGACCAUUUAUUUUAAGGAUAAUCAAUUUAUUACUUCACGACGUUCGGAGUUGUAUGGCGUUACGGAGUUGAUGGCAAAUUUUGGUGGCGUUUUGGGUCUAUUUAUGGGUGUCUCUCUGCUGAGUGUGGUUGAGAUAAUGUAUCAUUGUUCGCUGCGUUUGUGGUCCAAUGUGAGACGUGGUGAGGAGAAGGGAAAUUAGAAGGGGAUUGCUUUGGAAAUAUAAAAAUAAACUAUUGAAAAUUGUUUUAAUUUGGGAGGGUAGUCUGUCAGAAUUAUGGCAAUGGGUCACUUUCCGAAACUGAA